AAAAAAGAGUUUAUAUGCUGGUCAGGCCUCUAGUUUUCAGCCGUCGUACAUGAUAACAAGGGGACACAUGUCAUUAGCCAUUUUACAUUUUUCAAGAGUAUAAUCAUGUCCGGUGAUAGCUUUCCUUGCAAGUAAUAUUAUUACCAAGUUCUUACUAUAGCUUGUUGUAAGAUUGUAAUAACGGCAAUAAUAAUGAUAUUUGUUUCAUACCUGAAACAGUCAUCUUAGCUUUGGCCCUGCACAAAGUUCACACAGUAGUGGUCGCAUCUCUAGUCAAGAUAUCCUCAACAAAUACCUAGAUGACACAGGUUUGCUGGAGGUGUUCAAUUCCUGGACGUUACUACUUUCUGGCCUGGAAGACUUGCCAUACAAUCCGUACCCAACACUGGCAUGGUAUGCAAGACGUAAUGCUGAGAGAUUCCAUAUGCAUGAAGUGGAUGAGGGCAAGUUACUCCAGAUUGUUGAUGGGGAAGUGUACACUGUUGGCAGGCAUAUUGCACGCACAAUUGGAAGCCCCACCCUUUGGGGUCUUUACCCCAUCCUGAAGGCUGUAAACCCUCAAUAUCUCACAAAGUUCUCCUGGUUAAUGACAACCAUGACAACAAGUCUAGAAAAUGAGGAUUCUAAUGACUAUUCUUUUGUAAUGCAUCAUGCCAUCACUGUGCUUGUUGGGCCGUGUGUUUUCUAUGGUUCCAUUCACUCUGAAGUUACAAGCUUGCAGUUUCGACUGGAGUAUGGAAUAGUUGGACCACACAUUGAUGGGGCAGCCACAUUGUUUGCUGAGAAUGUGCACAAAAACAUUAUGGAAACAGAAGAGAAGAGUCACAUUGUCUUAGAUAUCACGAUACCUGUACUGCAUAUGGAGGAUGAGUGGAACAGUGAGCUUUGGAAAUACGAUGAUAUUGCAAAUAACCCUAUUGGAUUUAUCAGCUCUGUUAAGACUGCUGCUCUAAACAGUAAAAAGAUAUCUGCUAAGUGCGUGUUUUUCCUAGACCCAGAAAGGAGAGCAUAUCAAAUAGGCCAGAAACAAUACAACUUCAACUUCAUCAGGGUUCUACAACAAGGAACAUCCUGUCUAUCCUCCCUACCGUACCUCAGUGCAUUUGAAGGAGUAUUUGAGAGCCAUUCCCCUGUCAGGAACUAUCUUGCCUGGUUUGAGAAUGUUAACAUACCGGAGAAACCUGUCCAGUUUCGUGAGCCAACCACCAGUAAUACCACACGAAGUAGGGGGAUAUCUUCCCUAUGGAGCAGGCCGUCUAAACAGCAGAGGCAAGCUUCAGGGUGUCCAUCCAACACAACGCAAGAAGGAGGAGAUUUGCUUUCCGCUUCUGACAGCUCUGUCUCAUUAGCAGAUGGGCCCUAUGCUGACGAGGUGCAGAAUACGUUACGGAAUCAUUUCAAGAUGAUGAUCUCGUCGCUGCCAGGAGAGGAGAAUCUCUUCCCCAUGCUCCACUACAUUAUUCUGCUUCUUCUCAUGGACAGGGAUAAUGAGGAGUCUUUGGAAUGUCUGUUGGAAGCCAUGCACCUUGUCCAAAGCUCUUCGUACAAACUGCACCUCAUUAUCGAGAAGAACUUCCACCUACAGGAUCUUAUCAAGCAUUUCCUUGCAAAGGAGAGCUCGGAUUCGCACCUUGUGCAAAGCCAGUACUUGGAUUAUCGUCGCUCCAUCCAGAUGCUUUUCUUCAAUGAACUGCAGGAGCGAAGCCGUGAGUAUAUGGUAGCUGGUCGGGUGCUGUUAGAAAAACUCGACGCCAUUGCCAUCAAGCCCACGAGUCCAAAUCAGACCAGAGCCUUACCUCUUUGCGACGAGGUACUGAAGGAGCUUGAUGUGAUAAACAGAUACUGCACCACCGUCAUGAUGGGCAUGGUGGAUGAUGCACUGAGCUUCUGUCCACAUCUCGUUCGCCAUUUCCCGACCCUAGAAGACAAGACCCGAGACUUGUCGUCUUUUCGCCACACCAAACACGGAGUGGAGAUGCCAUCUUUGAUGACCCAGGACAACAUGUUUCUGAAUGUCGAGCAAGGCAAACAGGCGAUCGGUCUUCAGGGUCCGAUUGCUACAUCAUCUACUCGGCUGAAGUACUUUGUAGACACACGGUUUGACGAGACGUUAGAAACUUUCCUUGGGGAUUUGCUGAGUGGAAGCUGUCUCCCACCUAACCCUUACCCACGACUGGUGUCACAUCUAAGACUGGCCGCCAAUAGUAUGGAGUUACUGGGUGAGAAAAGAGAUCGCCUCCUCUCAAAACUUUUACCGGAUUCCGCUCAACUGGUAGACUCACAAAAUCACAUAUUCCACCCUCCUGGGUGUGAAGCCUAUGGUACUUUGAGCGCUGUGUCUUCAAUCGAUAGCCGGGCAUACAAUGAGCUUCUUGAGAAGUUACGUUUUGUCAUUAACAAAGUCAACCCCUGCAUCACUGAGAUUGGUUUCAAGGCUACUGUCGGGGCGUGUCUGACUGGCUUCAGCCCUCUCUACGGCCGUCUUAUGCCGUAUGUCCACGAGAUAGAACUCGAGGAACAUUAUUUCAUCCGCGGACCCCGACACGCCAAGGCCGAUGCUAUCCAAUACUUCAACAAGCUAGUGUUCGAUCACCUGGAAGGGUUUGCUGAGGUUGAUAAUCCCUCCCUUCUUUUUGUGGGAGUGUUUCUGGGCUUGGCUGGAGUAAGGCGGAGCCUCCAGGAGAUUGUGCCAACUCAGCGUAGGAAAGCAUUCGUUGCUCUGCUAACCUCAACCGUGAAUGCCAAGCAACCUGUUUAUAUAAAGGUGUACGUUCAGAUGGACUGGCGGCUGGUCCUGGUUAAGAAAUCAUUUAUGCUGCAUUACAUAGAAGGUGCAUUCACCAAGUAUGAGAGGUUUUAUACCCAGUCGCCACUUGGGCUCUACCAGAACGUCUUUUCAUCCCAAGAAGUGGCGUCGCUGUUCGUGCGUUCUUGCGGGCCACAAGACCGUGGGGACCCUUGUGGGGGAGCAAAUCUGUCUCUCAGUAUGGUCCACGUGGAUCACGUGAUCGAGCGCGCGAGGCAUGAUGGAAACUAUCUAGAUAUCUACCGCUGGCUGCUAACAAGAAGUCUCAUGAAACAGGAGUCGUCGUUCGUCUUCGAGGCCUGGUGCAUGAUGCACAGUACACCUGCGCAGCUAGAGUACCUACAGACGCUGAACCGAACACUGCAGGCGCUGGUGUACGAAGAGCUCAGUAGAACCUUUGCGCCCGCGAGCCAGGAUGCGGACCAUUCCUCCAUGCUCGAUGCUGGCGUGCUCGGUUGGAUGUUUGACGUGUAUUGUGCCAAGCUGGGUGGUGUGCUGGAGAGGGGGACCUGCAUGGCACCUAGCGGAUUAAUGAUCAUGUUACAAGAAAAGCUCGACAUGGUUACAGAAAGCUAUUCCAGCUCGCGAGAGAGUCGACUACUUAUCACAGAAACGACGCCGCUUAUUCUAAACGACAUCAACGAGCUUUUGCAACCGCUGAUAGAUGCGUCAGCGGCAGACUUGUACUACGCAUGCGUUAGAAUUGAGGAAGGGCUUCGCAGCUACGAUGUGAUCUCUACUGAAGUGACGGGAAGACGUACACCACAGGGAACCCGCUAAGUAAAAGGGAGACCUCCCCCAAUAGAAACCCGCCGAGUGACUAAACAACGUACACUACAGGAAACCAGUUGCAGUCUCUCACCACAAAGAACCCACAGGGAACCCGCAAAGGAAGCUGCAGUCCCAGUGUCUAUGCCCCAUAUCCUUUCGUAUAUUUAUUAAUUUCUUUUUUUUAUGUACAUUAGUAUUUUAUGGAUAUGUAUAUAUGUUUAGUAUGUAAAUAUCUAGUUUUGUUAAAUUAUUAUACGUCCCA